AUGACUAGAUGUCCUAACGGGACCAUAUGUUUUCACAGGACUAGAUACCCUCAUAGGAGCCAGAUGUUUUCACAGGAGCUCAAUGUCUUCCCAGGAUCCGGUUUUGUUCUAAACGCCCUGAUCGAAUCUCAGAGCAAGGAUCUUAAGGUCGUAGCGGGAGAAGCCAGUCGAAAUGCUGAGAGAGAACGUCGAUCAGACUUCUUCAACCAACCUUGCUCUACCUCAUCCUUGUUGCUGGAUCAGAACAGUACACUCCCUGGAUGGACAUUCCAAGGGACAGUUCAAUAUGUUACUUCACUUGAACUGCCUGAUACCGGGCAUGCGAUUCAGCUCGGUGAAGAUGGUAAGAUCAAUCAGACGUUUAUCGCCAAAGGUGAUGAUUUGCACUACAUCCUCACGUUUGCACUCAUCCCCGGAGGCAAGAACUGUUCAGCCUCAGCUGGUCUCAUUGUCUCUGGACCAGACAGCAAUGCAGUUUUUUCUUACCGGCAUAACUACAGUCAGGUUCCAUGGCAGAGCUACAGUCAUAACUUGGGUAGUUGGGGAAAUGGUGAGCCUAUAAACUUAGUUCUUGAAAGUCAGACAAUAGAUUCUGAUACAAACUCCACAUGUUGGCCUAUUGUUGACACAUUGCUCAUCAAGACUGUUGGUGUAACACUGGUCCAAGACAGUGCAAACGGUGGAUUUGAAUCUGGACCGGGUUUCUUACCCAACUCAACCGAGGGAGUUCUGAUUGAUGCGGUGCCAAGUCUGAUCCAAUCAGCAUUAAGGCAAUGGUCUAUUACCGGAACAGUCAGAUACAUAGACUCAGAGCACUUCCAUGUCCCGGAAGGCAUAGCUGCAAUAGAAAUUCUGGCUGACACAUCUCCAUCUGGUAUACAGACAGCAACAAGAGACACAAGUAAGGGUUCUAGAUACAACCUCACAUUUACAUUAGGAGAUGCUAACGAUGCGUGCAGAGGAUAUUUUGUGGUGGGUGUCCAAGCUGGAUCUGCGGCUCAAAACUUCACACUGGAGAGCAACGGACUGGGUCGGGUGAGAAGUUUGGGUUGGUGUUUAAAGCAGAUGAAGCUGCAACACAGAUAA